CAUCUUCCUCUCCAGUCUCCUCAACUUGUAUUUAUGGAAUACAGUUCUUUCUAUUUCUUUUAAGACCUUUUCUUUGAAGAACAAGCUUCAUUUCCUCUAAUGGCGGAUUGUAAACCCAAUUACGCUUCUGCAAUUUCAACCCUCCUAUUUGCUUUCUUUCACCUCCAAUUCCUCUCUCUCCCUAUCGCCGGCGACUUGACCGUCCCCUACGAACCCACCGAGAUUAUAAGUCUUGAUUGUGGCUCAUCGGGGAACACACAUCAACUUGGGGACACGGCCCACACCUGGGAGGGAGACACCGCCUCGAAAUUCUUCCCUUCUAAUCUCCUUCAUAAUGGCCAGUCCAUCCAGGCGGAGGCGCAGUUCAGUCCAGCCGGAGUUCCGUUCACGACAGCACGUUUAUCACACGCCGCCUUCACCUACUUGUUUCCGUUAACUCCCGGUCAGAAAUUCAUUCGACUUUACUUCUACUCUGCUAAAUUCCAGAGCUUCGACCGCUCCAAAGCGGUGUUCUCUGUUUCAGCCGGCCCCUUCACUCUCCUCCGUGAUUUCAACGCUGCUGUCAACGCCGACGCUUCCGGUGAGGACACGUUGUUUCGAGAAUUUUGUGUGUAUGUGGAGGGAAAUGAUCAGAAAUUGAAUCUUACAUUCAGCCCCUCAAAUCAAGACUCGUAUGCUUUUGUCAGUGGGAUUCAGAUUGUUUCCAUGCCGGUGAAUCUUUAUCAUACGCCGCCGGAGAUGAACAACGACGGUGGUCGAGGGUUGAAUCUCGUUGGCCAAAAUAAUCAAUUCUUCCCAAUUGAAAACUACACAUCUCUUGAAACGAUGUACCGAAUCGAUAUUUGUGGAAAUAACAUCUCCCCUGUUAACGAUACCGGAAUGCUUCGAACUUGGUCGGCGGACAGUGAAAGUAAAUUGUCGGAUGAGUACUUAGAUGAAGCUUGUCCUACUAAUCUUGAUAUCCUACUCAAUCACAGCAAAAUCCCGGCAUACUCUGCUCCAGACAGGGUGUAUCAAACUGCCCGAACCAUGGGACCGAACGUUACAAGGAACAAGAGCUACAACCUUACAUGGGUGUACCCUGUAGAUCCUGGGUUCUUUUACAUGAUUCGGCUUCAUUUCUGCGAGUUUCAAAAAGAAAUCAACGACACAAAUGACAGAGUGUUCUUGAUUUAUAUUGCAAACACGAUUGUUGAAAAGGGCGCCGACGUGUUUCGUUGGGCCGGCGGGAAAGACAUUCCAUAUUACAGAGAUUACGCUGUGAAUAUGCCUCAUAACAAUGGCGAAAAGAAAGUGAGUCUGUCUGUAAAGCUUCAAGCAAACCCAGAUGACUGGAGAACGAGAUUCACAAACGUGAUCUUGAAUGGUAUCGAAAUCUUCAAAUUAAAUGAUUCCAGCGGCAACCUCGCCGACCAAAACCCAGAUCCACCGCGCACUCCGCCUCUUCUACCGCCCACCCCACAAUCAAGGAAAUCAGAUAGAAAAAUGGUGGGUGUUCUAAUCCCUGCAGUUGUUGGAGGUUUGGUUGCUGUAAUAGCUCUCGGAUUGUUUGUUUUCUGUCGGCGGAGAACAUUUUCCGACCAGACAUCAAGCGACGGUACUUCCUGGUGGGCUCCGUAUUCCAUGUCAACAAACAAAUCAAGUAAGACCCGCAACUCAAAUCUCCCAUCUAAUUUAUGUCGUUACUUUUCAUUGUCGGAGAUUAAAUCCGCCACCAAAAACUUCGAUGACCUUUUCAUCAUCGGCGUCGGCGGAUUCGGAAACGUCUACAAAGGAUACAUCGACGACGGAGCCACCCAAGUAGCAAUCAAACGAUUGAAGCCUGGUUCAAAACAGGGCGCACACGAAUUCAAAACAGAGAUCGAGAUGCUCUCACAACUCCGUCAUCUCCAUCUCGUUUCACUAAUUGGGUAUUGCAAUGAUGGCAAUGAAAUGAUUUUAGUGUACGAUUAUAUGUCUCAUGGUACCCUUCGUAGCCACCUCUACGGCGACGACGAACAACCUCUGACAUGGAAUCAGCGCCUCCAGAUCUGCGUCGGAGCUGCCAGAGGAUUACACUACCUUCAUACGGGCGCGAAACACACAAUCAUCCACCGCGAUGUGAAAACCACAAAUAUCUUACUGGACGACAAAUGGGUCGCUAAGGUUUCUGAUUUUGGAUUGUCGAAAGUGGGGCCGACCAACAUGUCGAAAGCGCACAUUAGCACAGUAGUGAAAGGUAGCUUCGGUUAUCUCGACCCAGAGUACUACCGACGGCAACAAUUAACCGAAAAAUCGGAUGUUUAUUCAUUCGGCGUAGUUCUAUGUGAAAUUCUCUGUGCGCGUCCACCAUUGUUGCGCAAUGCCGACAAGAAACAAGUGUAUCUCGCAGAGUGGGUCCGGCGGAGUUACAGCGACAACACGGUGGGUCAGAUCAUUGACCGGAACAUCAAGGACGAGAUCUCGCCGGAAUGCUUGAGGAAAUUUAUAGAGAUCGCAGUGAGUUGCAUCCAGGACGAUGGAAUUAAGCGGCCGGCGAUGACCGACGUGGUGUGGGGAUUGGAGUUUGCGUUGCAGUUGCAGGAGGCGUCGAAGAAGAAGGUAGUAAAAGAUGAGGUAGGCGGCGGCGGCGGCGGCGGAGACAAGGGUGUGGAUGAGGAAGAAGGGUGGUUGAUGGGGGAGAUGUUGUUCAGUAGUGUCUGGGAUGGAAGACGCGGGUCGGAUUCGGGGAUAAGCAGUGAAGUGGCGACGACAAGCAACAGUGAAGAUUCGAGCUCUGCGUCUGAUAAAAGAAUGUCUGGAACCGUUUUCUCUGAGAUUAAGAACCCAGCUGGACGAUGAAGGACACGUGUUGUUAUCAUUAUUAUUAGUAGUAGUAAAUAAAUAAUUCUCCUGAAAUAUUUAGGGUUAAAUAAUAUAGAAUAUUUCUCACUAGUCAAAACCAACCAUAUUUGUUAGUAGUGAGUUUGGAUUCUUAUAGCAAGUUUAUCUAUUUAUAUGAUUAAAUCUCAGCGUUUGCAAUUAUUUGAGAUGGAAAAUAAA